UUCUGGCUUCAAAACGACAAUACGGAUUGAUUAACAGGUGCGUUAGUCGCGAAUUUAACGAUUACGAUUCACGAAUUUAACGAUUACGAUUAACUAACAGAUCGCUAUCAUGCAUAGCACCAAGAUUUGAUCACCCUAACUCAGACAUUAAUUAUAUGAAUGAUUUUUGGAUCCUUCACGUUGUAUUAUUUACUGGAAAAUUGGAAGACAUGGCUUGCUACAGUAGCCUACAUUCGGCAGUUAGAGAGUGCCUGGGGUGUUGAUAAUGGCAAUGACAAUGCUAAUAGAUACCUCUGGAGCGCUGGCAGUCUCGCAUUUCCCAUAUCAUCAUAAUUUUAAAUCUCAGCAAGGAAGGGCACACAUCCGCCUUCCCCGAAAUAAAAGUAGAAGUAUCAGUAGCAGACGCGCAAAAAUUGAAGGGUUUAAAGGAAGGGCUGAAGCUCAAGUUGCAGAGAAAGAGAAAGACUACGCUUGGCUGUUGCGGCGAUGCAUUACCUUGCAAGCCUUGACACAGGGAAGACAGCUUCAUGCCCACCUCGUCAAAACAGGAUGGCACUCCGAUAUCGAUUUGGAAACACAGAUUCUGAUUAUGUAUGCAAAAUGUGGUGUACUGGAAGAUGCAUACCGAGCGUUUGCUGAAAUGACAGAACCAAGUGUUGUUUCAUGUACAGCUUUGAUUGGGGUGUGUGCGCGAAAUGGACAUUGUGAAGAGGCAAUUGCACUUUUCAUUGCAAUGCAGGAGACAGGCAUCAAACCAAAUCAUUUGUCUUUUGCUAGCGUGCUCACGGCAUGUGCCUCUGCAAAGACGAAGGCUUUGGGAUGGGGGAAGCAACUCCAUUGUUGUAUGAUUAAAAGCAGGGGAACAUCCCUACCCAUGGCCGAUUUGUGCGUGGACAGUAGCCUUGUUGACAUGUAUGCCAAAUGCGGGAGCACGAUAGAUGCACGCCAAGUGUUUGACGAAAUGAUUGAAAGAGAUGUAAUCUCUUGGACUGUGAUGAUUAGCGGAUAUGUCCAGCAAGGUCAAGCAGAGGAAGCUUUGGAGGUCUAUAACCGAAUGCUGCUCAGCAACAUGAAGCCAAAUCAAUCCACCUUCACUAGUGUUCUCAAGGCUUGUGCCAGGAUAGGAUCAACCGCAUUACAACUGGGUAAGCAAAUCCAUGCCUCAAUUGUGAAAAACGCUUUUGAAGGAGACGUUUUUGUAGGGAGCACUCUUGUUGAUAUGUACGCGAAGUCUGGAAGUUUGGAAGAUGCGCGCCAGGUGUUUGACAAAAUGCCUGAACAAGAUGUUGUUUCAUGGAACGGAUUGAUUUCUGCGUACGGGAAGUAUGGUACGGGCAUACAUGGUUGCCAUAUGUUUGUAAGCAUGCUGCAUUCAGGUGUUAGUCCAAAUGAGUCUACCCUUGUUGCUGUUCUAAAUGCAUGCGCACGCUUAGCAGCCCUGGAAUUGGGUAAGCAGGUUCAUUCCCGUUUAAUUGUGAGCGGGAUUCAGUAUAAUGUUGUUUUGGGGAAUUCUCUUGUGGACAUGUAUGCUAAAUGUGGAAGUAUUGUGGACGCACGUACAAUAUUUGAUGAAAUGCCUGAAUUAGAUUUGGUUUCCUGGAAUACGAUAAUUCAAGGUUAUGCAAAACAUGGAAUUGGCAAGGAAGCACUCCUAAUUUUUGACAGGAUGCAACACGCAGGCAUUAGGCCAGAUUACAUUACCUAUCUUGGUCUUUUAUCUGCGUGUAGCCAUUCUGGUCUAGUGGAUGAAGGAUGGCACUUGUUCCACUCUAUGAGUGGAGAGUACUCCAUCACUCCUACAGCUGAACAUUAUGCCUGCAUGGUUGACAUUCUUGGACGUGCGGGGCGCCUGGAUGAAGCAUGCAACUUUAUUAGCAAAAUGCCAUUUAAACCUGGUGCAUCCGUAUGGGGAGCUUUGUUAAGUUCCUGCAGAGUUCAUGGCAAUAUUGAGCUAGGUGAGCUUGCUGCAAAACAUCUUUUUGAGUUAGAACCAAAAAGCUCUGCAUCAUAUGUGAUGUUGUCCAGCAUGUAUGCUGCACAAGGCAGGUGGGAAGAUGUAGAAAUUGUAAGAAAAACUAUGAGAGAUAGAGGGGUGAAAAAGGAACCAGGAUGUAGCUGGAUAGAAGUUGAAAAGAUCGUAUAUAAAUUCUUUGCUGGCGAUAGAUCACACCCACAAACAGAUAAGAUAUAUGCAACAUUAGAGAGAUUGGCCUUGCAGAUGAAGGAAGCUGGAUACUUUCUUAAAACUAGCACCAUGUUUCAUGAUGUGGAGAAGGAACAGAAAGACCACCUUCUUGGCCACCAUAGUGAAAAGCUAGCUAUCGCAUUUGGGCUGAUAAGCACACCAUCUGGCACACCACUUCGAAUAUUCAAGAACCUUCGUGUGUGUAAUGAUUGUCACACUGCUUCCAAAUUCAUUUCAAAGAUUGCUAAAAGAAAUAUCAUUUUAAGAGAUACCAACCGCUUCCAUCAUUUCACGAAUGGUGUGUGUUCUUGUGGGGAUUACUGGUAAUGCCGAGCAGACAAACUGCAAGGACAAAGAGCCCUUGACAAUUCUCCUGUUUCCUACCAAUAAGCAACUGAAUGUGAAAGUUAAUAGGACUACUUGUAUAUUACUGUUUUUGGGAA